AGAGGGACCCGGCGGCCGGCAAGCAAGGGAAUACAGAGAAAUCGACUUUUGUCGAUCGAUUGCUGCAACUCCGAAAUUUCUGGCAAAUUCUUCGCGUCUUCUUCCCCUGGAGGAAAUGGCGGAGAACGGCGUUCUGCAACACCUAUUACAUGACGACGACCCUCCUGACAUCCAGUCAAAGAUACCGCCGGGGAGGGCGAGGAGGUUCCGGCGCUGCCAGACGGCGCCGUCGCACAACGUCGAGCAGGGGUCCACUCUCCAGAGCCGGCAGGGCCCCAGCGCCGCCUCGCCGUUGGUGCCGCCCAAGGGGCUGCUCACCGGUGGCACGCGCCCGAGGUUCUGGCUCGUCGGCGUACUCCUGCUCGCGUACCUCUUCGCCGGGACCGCUGCCUUCUACCUCGUCAUGGACCACAUGUCCGGCGAUCGCAGCGGCAACCGCGCGCUGGACGCGCUCUACUUCUGCGUGGUCACCAUGACGACCGUCGGGUACGGCGACCUCGUCCCGUCCAGCGACGCCGCCAAGCUGCUCGCCUGUGCCUUCGGCUUCGCCGGCGUCGCCCUCGUCGGGGCCUUCCUCAGCAAAGCCGCCGACUACCUCGUCGAGAAGCAGGAGGCGCUCGUCUUCCGCUCGUUCCACCUCCACCACGCCGACGACUGCAAGUCCCUGCGCAACAUGGAGGCCAACAAGGUCCUCUACAAGCUUUACACCUCCGCCGCGCUGUUAGCCGUGAUCCUCGCGUCCGGCAUGGCGUUCCUGGUGAAGGUGGAAGGGAUGCGCCCCGUGGACGCCUUCUACUGCGUGUGCGCGACGGUGACCACGCUCGGGUACGGCGACCAAAGCUUCACGUCGACGGCCGGGCGCGCGUUCGCGGCCGCAUGGAUCACGGUGAGCACGCUGGUGGUGGCGCUCUUCUUCCUGUACGCGGCGGAGCUGGGCGCGGAGCGGCGGCAGAAGGCGCUGGCGCAAUGGGUGCUCACGCGGCGGACCACCAGCAUGGACCUCGAGGCGGCGGACCUCACCGGCGACCAUAGGGUUAGCGCCGCGGAGUUCGCGUUGUACAAGCUCAAGGAGCUCGGGAAGAUCAGCCGGGAAGACAUCUCUGAGUUCCUGGAGGAGUUCGACAUGCUCGAUGCCGACCACUCCGGCACCCUCUCGUGCCACGAUCUGGCCGUCACACAACCCGGCUAGCACGGCAAUCACCGGCCGGUUGCAAGGCAAUGUGACACACACAGCAGAAUUUUGUGGACAGGCGAGCCUUUCCGCAGGAUAAGCUCUGCCUCUCGAACACUACCAUCCAGAAAUACUCGGGAACGAAUUGAGUUUUUCGAGUGAAACAAUCUAGAGAUGAAGCGGUAGAUCGCCUCACGAGCGCCUUCCGAUAUGUGUAUGUAUAGUACGAUAGUGAACAUUAAUUUUGUUCCAGAUGGCUAGCCAAAAACACACUAAGGGCUUGUUCAGUUGUGCCUGGAUUCGUUCCAUGCUGGGAAAGAUAGAAACAAUAAGAGAUAUAGUAAUAGAUCGGGAUUUAUUCUGGGUUGCAAACUAAUUACAAUAAAACAAACUCAUGAUAGAUACAACAGGAAAUGAGGAAUCAUUACAUGAGUCUAGAGAUGUGGAAUUAA